AUGGCUUUUGUAAUGUUUGACGAUAAACGACAAAAAACAGCUCGAAAAAUAUCGAAACGUGUUACGUCAUUUCUUUGGUUUCAAAUUUUUAUUGAUGUUUUGAAGAAAUUACCACAAACAAAUCAAGCAAAAAAAGAUAUGCUUGAUAAAUGUGAAGAUUAUUAUCAUUUCAAUAAACAAGAACUAAUUAAAAUUGAACGAUUUCGUACAACUUAUACAAUUAAUGAAGCCAUUCGAUGGUUUACAUUAGAUUGA